AUGAUAGGAUUAAAUAAUCAAGACAGAUCACUUGAGGUGAUAGCUACAAGCCCUAUAAAUAUAGCUCUAGUUAAAUACUGGGGUAAAGUUGAUGAGGAUUAUAUUAUACCUUGGAAUUCUUCUUUGAGUAUUACUAUUGACUAGAAUGAUUUAUGCUCUAAAACAAGAAUUAGACUAGUUUAGGCUGAUGAAUCUGAUGAGUAGAUUGAAUUAAUUUUGAAUGGGAAAAAAGAUAAAGUCACCAAGAGAAUCAUGAAUGUUGUAAAUGCUAUUAGAGAAAGAACUGAAGGAGUGACUAUAAAAUAAAUAAGAGAUGGCAAUUAAAUAGAGACCCACUUUGAAAAGGAAGAAUUAUUGAAAAUGAAGAUCAUGAUUGAAAGUGAGAAUAAUUUUGCUACAGCCUCAGGUUUAGCAUCUAGCUCAAGCGGACUCUCUUGUUUGAGUUUUGCAUUAGCUGAGUUAUUUGGAGUGAAAGAGUCAUUUGAAGGUGAGUAUUCAACUUUUGCUAGACUAGGUUCUGGAAGUGCAUGUAGAUCUCUCUAUGGAGGAUUUGUUCAAUGGCAUUGCGGUUUCUCAUCAAGAGAUUAACUUGAUUCUUUAUCAAAAGAAGAACUCAGCAGGAAAUCAAUAGCUAAACAGAUUGAUAUCUCUAGUGAAUCUAUGAAUUACUGGUUAGAUAAUCUGUAAAUUGCUAUUUGCUGUGUAAAGCCAGAGAAGGAUUAAGGACUAACAAAGGAAAUACCCUCUACAGAUGGAAUGAAAAUAACUAUUGACACAUCUGAGUUGAUGAGAGCCAGACUUGAUUGUAAUCUACCUUAAAAACAUAUUGAGUAGCUAACAAUGACUCUAGAGAACAGAGACUUUAACUCUUUUGCUGAGAUUACAAUUAAAGAGACCAACUAACUUCAUGCAGUGUGUCUUGAUUCAUACCCACCUAUUUUCUAUAUAAAUGAAAGGACGAAGAAAAUAAUAAAGUAGGCAUUAAAGAUUAACAAGGAAAAGGGCAAGAAUAUUGUAGCUUAUUCUAUUGAUGCUGGAUUUCAUGUGUUCCUAUUUAUAAUGAAAGAAGAUAAAGAGUUUGUUUUAAAUGAGUUUAAAGAUUUGAUUGAAAAUGAUAUGGAUAGAUUGAUUUAGACUAGAAUUGGGAGAGAAGGAGUUAAGAUUAUUAAAGAAUGA